AUGUCAACGACAACUUCCGUGAACCCAUUGCCACUGCGCCAGCCUGCUGGCUACACAACAGCUCACCACAAUGGUGGCUCAGGCUUCAAGAACCCGUGGCCUUCAUACCAGGCGUCUUCUGUGUCAACACUGCUCAAAGCACGUUGGAGCACACCCAAGAACUUUGUGCCAGUUCCUGCAGACCGUCUUGGCUUGGUAGAGGUUCGAACUCCCGACUUCGCUGCACAAGCGGACGGUCUGAAGGCGACGUGGUUUGGACAUGCUAGCUUUUUGGUUGAAACAAGCAGGCAGAAGGGGCCGAGUCGGGGAAUGAGGAUACUGUUGGAUCCCGUGUGGAGCAGCAGAGUUGGCCCAUACGGCAUGGUUGGGCCAGUCCGCUUCACGCCGCCGCCCUGCACACUCGACGAGCUGCCCGAAGUUGACGCCGUCUGUAUCAGCCACGACCACUACGAUCAUCUCGAUUCCGACACGCUUGGCAAACUGAAUGCAAGGAACAAGCUGUUGCGCUACUUCUGCGCAUUGGGCGUGAAGGCGGUGCUCACUGGCUUAAGAAUCGGCAUCAGAGACGAGCAGGUGACGGAGAUGGAUUGGUGGGAUGGCAUAACUCUAAAAGACGAGCAUGUGGGGAGCGUAGAGCUGAUCUGCACGCCCGCGCAGCAUCGCUCUGGUCGCGCGCCAUGGAAUUUCGACGGUACACUGUGGUGUAGCUGGGCGAUCAAGGAGCCUGGCGAAUGCGGAAAAAGGCUGUUCUUCGCAGGCGACACGGGAUAUUGUCACGUCAACUCUGAUGCACAAUUCUCGCAUCACGACGCACCCCACCCACCGUGCCCCGCAUUCAAAGAGGUUGGCGAGCUGCAUGGGCCGUUUGAUCUCGCACUGUUGCCUGCAGGCUGCUUCAAGCCGCGCUCCAUCUUAUCCGGGCAGCACUCCAGCCCGGAAGAUUCUUUGGCAAUACACAGGGACGUGAGGAGUAAGAAGAGCAUCGCCAUGCACUAUGGGACGUUCCGAGGGGCCUACAGCGCACAGUAUGAGCCCGUCACCGAGCCCGUGGAGCGCUGGAGAAAUGGUGCCGAGGCUGAAGGACUAACGUGGGACGACGAAACUGGUCGCAGCUCCCCCACGCAACACGUCGAGGCACGCACAACCACCACGACGCACCCUGCAGCCAUGACAAAACGAAAGCGCGCAGACGGCGCAGAAGAGCCCGUCGAUGCUGGCCUGGAGGACGCACCACUGGCGCCGCCUCUGCGCGACGAGGGAGCCGCCAAAGAUGCGACGGCUGCUGCGAACGACGAGGAGGGCUGGACGGUAGUCGGCCCCAAGAGGAGAAAGAAGGAGGGCAGCUCCAACCACAACCACAACCACAACCACGAAAGCAGCCGUAGCGAUGCACACCGACCCGGCGCCGGCGACAAGGCGUCCAAGAGCAGAGAAGAGAGGCGCAAGGAACGCAAGCUCGACCGGCACUAUCCCGCGAUUGAGCACUCCCACCAUGCCCGCCUCCAGUCGCACGUCAAGAUGGCAGAUCUCCAGUCGCUCGCGCUCUACCUGCUGGCCGACGGCAACGCACCGCAGUGGGUCUCGGUGCGCAGCCGCCAGAGCAUCCAGAAGGUCGUCAUGCUGAUGGUCCCCGGCCUGGAGCUGGGCAUGUUCAACGGCAAUGUCACACUUGACGCUGACACUGACGCCGACGCCGCCUCAUCAUCCGAAGCGCCCAGUUCUGGAGAGCCAGCGGACGCCAUAUCUGCCACCACCACCACCACCACCACCGCCGCCGCUGAAGGUGGUGCUGAGUCCAAGCGGGUGCGCAUCUCGCCCGACGACUUCUAUCCAGCGACCCUCACCCCGAGUCGCUUGCCCGCCGCCAUGCUGCCUCUUGCCGACAUGUUUGACCAUGUGUGGCCCAUCAAGGCACCCGGGGAGCAUCGUUCCGGCCAGUACAUCAGACUGCAUUCGCCCAUCCACACCAUGCUCACCUCGCAGAUUCCGAAGACGCACGAUGAGAAGCAGAUGAAGAAAAAGGGAAACCAUAAAGGCCCCACUCCGCAGAACUCCAAACACUGGGACAACAAGCGCACGCGUGUCACCGAGUACAUUGCGACUCUUGCUGAGCAGCAAGAGAACGAAUACGUACCGCAUCCGGCCAUGUUCACUACGCCUGAAUCGAGAGAGGCGGCCAUACAGAGGAGGAAUGAGGCCAAGCAGAGUGCCGAUGAUGGCUGGAUCGACACCUUCGUUGACAGUCUUGAAGACGGACAGGUCCCAGAGGCUGAAAUCGAGCAGGGCAGCGUGACAGCGGGCAGGAACGUCAUCUCGGUCGAUUGUGAAAUGUGCAAGGCCGAGAACGAUCAACACGUACUUACACGGGUAAGUCUGCUUGGAUGGGACGGUGAGGUGGUCAUGGAUCGGCUGGUUAAACCUGAUGUCGCCAUCAAGGACUACCUGACGCAGUACUCGGGCAUCACAGCCGCCAUGCUUGAGCAUGUCACGACCACACUGUCGGACAUCCAAAAGGAGUUAUUGAGGCUCGUCACACCGCGCACGAUUCUCGUGGGACACUCGCUAAACUCCGACCUGAACGCUCUCAAGCUGACCCAUCCGUUCUUGGUUGACACUGGCAUCCUCUUCCCACAUCCUCGUGGACCGCCCUAUAAACAGUCCCUGAAAUGGCUGGCGCAGAAGUACCUUCAUCGCGAGGUUCAGAAAGGGAGCAGAGGCCACGAUAGCGUCGAGGAUGCUCGUACCGCCCUUGACCUUGUCAAACAGAAAUGCGAGAAAGGUCCCUCAUGGGGGACAGGUGACACGAAUGCCGAAUCUAUAUUCAAACGAAUAGGGCGCACAUUAAGACCCAAGACCAAUAGGGAGUAUCGCGCUGGCGCCGUCAUCGAUUGGGGCGAGCCUAAUCGAGGACAUGGCAACCAAGCCAGUGUGUCUAUCGGCUGCAAGUCUGACGACGAGGUCGUAGAUGCCAUUGACACUGUAUUGAAAGGUCUUGCAGUCGGCAAGGAUGGUACUACUGUCAAAGUCGACUUCGUCUGGGCCCGAUUGCGCGAACUUGAGCUUGCCCGCGGCUGGUGGGACGAUGCAAAGACCGCCGACGUCGAAACCAUGCGCCAAACCGCGAUGCAGCGCAUUGGGUUGUCAAGAGAGGAUACAGAUGUUGACGCGGAGCUGAAAGGUCCCGAGCUCGGUGAUGCCGUUUCUAGGACCGUCAAACAGAUUGCACGGGUGUACGAAUCAUUGCCUCGCUGUACAGCCCUUAUAGUAUAUAGUGGCACAGGCGAUCCUCGAGAGAUCCGUCGCUUACAAGCCAUGCAGCAGCAGUAUCGGCGCGAGUACCAAACGAAGAAUUGGGACAAUUUGAGCGUCAAGUGGACCGACACGGAGAUUCAAGCGCUGAGUAAAGCUUGCCAGGCAGCGAGGAAUGGUGUUGGGUUUAUUACGGUGAGAUGA